CAAGUCUAAAAACCAAUUCAGAGUCAUGGCAAGUAAAGCUCUAAUCGUUCUGGCCGUGCUCCUAUGCGCACAGGCCGUCUUUGGUGUAACCAUCAUUACCAAGUCGCAGUGGGGCGGUCGCUCGGCCACUAGCAAGUCCACGCUGGCCAGCUCCCUGAGCUAUGCUGUAAUCCAUCAUACCGCUGGUAACUACUGCACCACACGAAGCGCUUGCGAGACGCAGUUGCGCAACAUCCAGAGCUACCAUAUGGACAGCUUGGGCUGGGCUGAUAUUGGCUACAACUUCCUGAUCGGUGGUGAUGGCAACGUAUACGAGGGUCGCGGCUGGAACGUUAUGGGAGCUCAUGCUACCAACUGGAACUCCAAGUCCAUUGGCAUCUCCUUCCUGGGCAACUACAACAGCGACAAAAUAACUUCCGCUCAGAUCACAGCUGCCAAGGGUUUGCUGUCUGAUGCUGUUGCCCGUGGCCAAAUCAUUUCCGGCUACACUCUGUACGGCCAUCGUCAGGUGGGCUCCACUGAAUGCCCUGGCACCAAUAUCUGGAACGAGAUCCGCACCUGGUCCAACUGGAAGGCUUAAGUGCUUAAUAUAAUCUAGGCUCUUCAGGCUUCAAAAAUAUAUAUAAACUGCUGCAAAAUAAAAACUUUUUAUAAUACAA